CAUGUUGAAUUGGGGCCAACUUUGAUGUCUGUGAUUGCGAGUUGUCACUUGAUAGAGCAUUUGUUCUUUGAGUCUUCCAAAAAAGUUGUGGCAUCUUCUUCAUGGGUAUUUCUCCUUUAAUAUUCUAAGAUAUUCUUCUCACUAUUUAAUGUCUAAAGCAGGGAGAGAUGAUAGCUUGAAAUCCCGAACCUGUGUUGAUUUAGUGAACAAUUUGUCCAAAUCUUACUUCAUUGUCGCUUAGAGGUUUUAAGCUGCAUGACUAUAAAGUUCAAAUACUAGUUAAGGUUUGUGUCUGAGCUAUUGGGAUACAAUUAUUUUGUUAAAAUUCCUUGACUUGUUAAGUAUCUCUUUAUUGUGAAAAUUUUUUAUCAGAGUUCAUGUCUAGAACCUGUAUGCCAAUUUUAUUUAAAAUCUAAUUGCUGCUUUGGAUGAUGCUUCUAAUUAUGGAUGUGUGAGUUCAUGUCUUCACUAACUCGUAAGCUUAUUAUCAAAUUCAAGUUAAAAUUUAGGUGCUGCUUUUGCAAUUUGGAUGAUGCUCCUAAUUGAAUUCUAUAGUGUCAAUAUUGGCUUGCUCUUCUUUCAUAUUCUUGGAAAGUGAAGUUUCAGGGAAACCUCACUGGAAAAUGCUUUUCAUUGGAUUUGCAAAAUUGCACCUGAAGGGGAUAUAUGAUGAAAUGAGCUAUAUACGAAAUCUUUUUGCACAGUCAAAGGUUUGAUGAGUUCACUUGAUAGUUUGAAAACCAGAUUUUUCAUAACAUGUAUGCCUGAUAAAUUAAACUCAUGGUUUCUAUUCUAUGAAGAUAGAAAUUUAUGUUCCAGUACAUGUUCUACAAGCAGAAUGUGUAUUUUCCCCUUCAGUUAAUUUGCUUUGUAGUACAUGUAGAUUAUCUGUCCAUCUUAAUUUCAAUUUUUGAUUGACGGAUGCUUUUUCACUGAAUCACUAGAAUAUUUAGUUCUGAUAUUCCUUUUAUGGUUUUGUGUGAACUAAACUUGAUUAAACCGCAUACUCCUGAUUUCUGCUGCAUGGACUCCGUAAACUAAAAUAUGCUGAUUUUAGUGGUAGUGAGGAGUUUCGAGGUCCUAUUGGUGAUGAUGAUGAGGAAGGAAAGCACCAAGAAUGACAUCCCAAGGAACUAUGCAAGCACUCCUUGGCAAAUGGAGACUAUGAAUGCCAACUGUACCGAGUUGAGGGACAAAAUGAAUGCCAUUGAUGCCAAGUUUGAACGACUUUGUGGAACCAUGAAUGAGUUAUUUCGAGGUGUCCAAGUGAUCAAAAAUCAUAUCUUGCCUCCACUGCCACUGGAUGUCUAGCCAUUCCGUCUUUCAUGUUUAUUCCAUUUAUUUAUCAUGUUGUAUGACUGUUGUAUACAAGUCGACGUUGGAUCUUGUUUAUGUUUAUGUUUUUAAGUUAGGUACAUUUGGAUGGUCUUAUCUAUUCGAUUAUAUUAUGGAACCUGCGGACCGAUAUUUUU